AUCAUUUCUUAGGGUGAAAAAUUUGGCCCCUUUGCAGGGGAGAAGCGAAUGCCUCAGGAACUGGAUGAGAGCACAGACUGCAGGCUCAUGUGGGAGGUUCGUGGCAGUAAAGGUGAAGUCCUUUAUAUCCUGGAUGCAAGCAAUCCCCGCCAUUCUAAUUGGCUGCGUUUUGUCCAUGAGGCUCCAUCACAGGAACAAAAGAAUCUGGCUGCAAUCCAGGAAGGAGAAAAUAUUUUCUAUCUCGCUGUGGACGAUAUUGAAACAGAUACAGAACUUCUGAUUGGUUACUUGGACAGUGACAUGGAAGAAGAGGAGGAGGAUGAGGAGGAAGUAACUGUUAUUCAGGAAGAUGAAGACAGUGGCAACAAUAAAGAAGUGCAACCAGCUGGUGAAAAAAUUGCAGAUUCCCUCACUUGUAAAGAGGACCAUGCAUGCCCAAACUGUGAGUCAAGUUUUGCAAGCCAGGAGAUUCUAGCUGAACAUCUUCAGACAUUACACCAAAAACCCAGUGAGGAAAAGGAAUUUAAGUGCCGAAACUGUGGAAAGAAGUUCCCUGUUAAACAAGCUCUACAAAGACAUGUACUUCAGUGCACAGAGAAUAUCAAUCCAGGAGACUCUUCAAGAAGUUUUCAGUGUUCUGUUUGCAAUACUUCCUUCAGCUCAGAAUCGAGUUAUGAACAGCACAAGGAGGCAUGCAGAGGAGAUGCCAGAUUCAUAUGCAAGGCAGAUAGCUGCGGGAAGAGGUUCAAGAGUAAGGAUGCCCUGAAAAAACAUAAAGAAAAUGUUCAUAGUGGAAAUUCUAGGAAAAAGCUGACGUGUUCAGUGUGCAAUAAGAAAUGUUCCUCAACAACAAAUCUCCAAGAGCAUCGAAAGGUUCAUGAGACCUUUGAGUGUCAGGAAUGUGACAAGAGAUUUAUUUCAGCUAACCAGCUAAAACGCCAUAUGAUAACUCAUUCAGAAAAACGCCCCUACACCUGCGAGGUUUGCAAUAAGUCCUUCAAACGACUUGAUCAAGUGACUGCACACAAAAUAAUACACAGUGAAGAUAAACCUUAUAAAUGCAAGCUUUGUGGAAAGGGAUUUGCCCACAGAAAUGUUUACAAGAAUCACAAGAAGACCCAUUCUGAAGAGAGACCAUUCCAGUGUGAGGAAUGCAAAGCUUUGUUCCGAACCCCAUUCUCUCUACAAAGACAUCUACUAAUUCAUAACAGUGAGAGGACCUUCAAGUGUGAUCACUGUGAUGCUACUUUCAAAAGAAAGGACACUUUAAAUGUUCAUAUUCAAGUUGUACAUGAUGGACAUAAGAAAUAUAAGUGCGAUCUCUGUGACAAAGCUUUUGUGACACCUUCAGUUCUGAAAAGUCAUAAAAAAACUCACACAGGCGAAAAAGAAAAAAUUUGCCCGUACUGUGGACAGAAAUUUGCGAGCAAUGGAACACUGAGAGUUCAUAUUCGAAGCCAUACAGGUGAGCGUCCUUACCAGUGUCCUUACUGUGACAAAGCUUUCAGCAAGAAUGAUGGACUGAAGAUGCAUAUUCGCACCCACACAAGGGAAAAGCCAUACCAAUGUUCUGAAUGUAACAAGGCUUUCAGUCAAAAACGAGGCCUAGAUGAGCACAUGAGAACCCACACCGGAGAGAAGCCGUUUCAGUGUGAUGUUUGUGAUUUGUCCUUCAGCCUGAAGAAAAUGCUGAUUCGACACAAGCUGACUCACAACCCCAAUCGACCAAUGGCAGAAUGCCAGCUUUGCCACAAGAAGUUUACAAGAAACGACUACCUCAAAGUGCACAUGGAAAAUGUCCAUGGUGAAACUGACAGCUAAUUAUGAUGUGUGAGAAGAAUGGAUCUCAUGUUCCAAAGUGUUCCACUUGUAUGUGUACAUACUCCAGACUUCUCACCUGACUAGUAGGCAUAGUCAGGAGAAACAACUGUGUACGCAUAUUAUUUUUCUCACUUUUUUACAUGGUAGCAGGACAAAAACAAAGACAUUCACUUGAAGUAAAAUAAGAAGUUGAAAAUAAGAAGUUGAAGAGACAAUUUAAAACAAACAAAUAAAAAAAUCCAACCAGCUUUAAAUAAAUUUUGCUUUCUCAACUCCUGCCUUAGAAACCUAGAUAUUAGUGAUGCAGCCUGGAAAGCUUGGACAUCUAAAGCUGAACCCCUGGCUGUCUGCAACUAUUUCUAUAUCUAAGCUUCACGCUCCAUUACAAAUCUUAAAGUGGAAGCCAGACAGAAUUUUUCUAUGUAAUUGAUUGCUGAUUCUAUUCAGGCAUGUUUUAUUCAAUUCUUAUAAUGCCGCAUUUUAUUGUGACAUGACUUUAUCUCACUUUAUUUACAGCUUUCUUAUUCUAGAUGGAACUGAUUAACUUGAAUUAGUUCUUGAGAUGUCAGGAUGUAUGGACAUAGAAACUGUGGAAAUCUGUCAACUUAGAUUUUAGACACUAACAGAAAUGAUUGUGGUUGCGUGUAACAUGACAGAAGUAAAAGAAAAAUAAACAAUUUAGUUCAACUAUUAUAUUCAUACUCAUCAUUGUGACUGGCAAGGCAAGUGGGAAGACUUCUUGAGUGAGUGACUUGAGCAGCUCCAGCUGUCUGGUUAGUAUGCAUUUGAUUUUCUGGUGAAUAGCUGGUUCCCAGUCUUUCCUACUGCUAAAUCAGAUGCCCUAGUUUUCUUCAUCCCAUUUAACUACCUUUGUUUUGUUAAUCUUGUUAAUGAGCCAUGGGAGAAAUAAACUUAGGUAACAAUGAAAUUCUCCGAAAUAUCACAUUGAGUUGUUUACUGGAGUAAAACUCUGGAAAAAAAUUACUGCAUAUCUUCUUUAUAUCACAUCUAGAUAACUAAGAAAUUGUUAUCUACAAGAGUAGAAAAAAAAUGUAACUUCAGAGAGUGAUUGGAUUUGAAAAUCCAGUUAAUCAGCAGUUAAUAUUAAGACUGUCACUGGCAAAUUUUUCAUAUUUAUUUUAGACCAUGUUUUACAAAAUGAACUUGUGUUGAAACAUCCUGGUUCUAGUUUUUAUGGGAAGAGAGUUCAGGUUUUCUGAACUGCAGUGGGAACAGCUGAAUGAACAGCACGAUAUUUUUUUUUUAAUCUCUCUUCUCAGAUCUGUCUUUCGUGAUAGAUUUUUCAACCAGCACAGAAAUAGCAAUAGAUCUUUCCUGAGCUACAUGUGACCAGUUUGGCUUUAGUGAUUUACCUGCAAGGUUUCUGCUGGCGGUGGUGUGAUCUUUAGCUGAAUCUGCAAAUUUGAAAUUAGAACCGUGUCCCCUAGAUAUUUAAAAAGAAUAAGGCAUAGUUAGGCAACAGGCGUAGUCUGCCAGACUGUAUUGUAAUGGUGUAAAAUAAUCCAUGGCAUUUACAUACUGAGAUAAAUUCAUACGAAGAGGGUUCUGAAUGAGAAUUGCAUGUGAAGAACACAGUUAAUAUUAUAUUGUUCCUUAACAUACCAGUUCAGUGCAGAACAAGUUACUUAGAUGUCAAGCUGGUGUGUGAGAGAAAGUUGCAAGACUACAUGUAUGUGUUAUGUAAUCUUGUGUUAUGUUGUAAUCUCUUCUGUGUAAAGUCAUAAAAUCUAUGUUCUUUUUAAUUUCAAUUAAAUGUAGAACCUUUU